AUUUGAAACAGCAAUGUGUAAUACUGACAGUGGCGGAGCAACCAAUUUUGCAUUUAAGCUCAGUAACCAUGGCAAUCAACAAGCUCCAUGUACGUACCACGCCCCGACUGGGCUGGUAUUACAUUUGCGCGGUUAAAAUUUAUGCGCAUGCUCAGUUAAGUCGCACGUUUCUGCCAUAGGUCACUGGUUGUUCCGUAUCAUACUUGACUUGAAGUUGGCUGACUCAGUGUUUGUGGGAAAUUCUGGUAGACUGCUCGGUUAUUUGCUUUCUCUAGACUCUAGCUGGACUUUACUAGAGCUUAGAAAUUAGACGAGUUUGGAAUAAAGCUCUAUUUUUUUUACACGGAAAAAAAGCGGAAGUUCAAGAAAACGAUAUUAUACAGGACGUAUACGGAAGAAAGCGGACUUGCCUAAAUGGACUAAAAUAGUAAAUAUACAUACCUCCAGAAAGCCUAAUUCAAGCUAGAGCCCGAGAGUCAGAGAGAACAGAAACAUGCAGCAACAGUGUUGUAUUGGUUCGCUCUCUGGAACAACAAAAGUCACACUGAAAGCAGGACAGACUAUAAACCGUGAAAUUCUAGGCACAAUAUUUGGAUAUAUACCCAAAACUGUAGUUUUGUUAUCGAAAGAUGGGGAUAUUUUGACAGCAGAAGAAGAUGGGUCAUUUGCAGUAGGUAGUAUAAGUCGUGUAGACCAUUGGGACUGCUUUGGCACUCCACAACCUGAGCAAGUGGUGCAACCACCAGAAGAACUUAAGUAUUUGUAUCAGCCAGGCCGUAGCGAUUCUUAUGGAGGAUGUUGUUCAGGAUAUAGUCGAGGGAAGGGAAAGCAAGGAAAAGUGUGGAAAUCAAAAAGAGUCCCUCCUGGUGUACUUAAUGUCGAGAAUGAAAGAAAUGUUGGCCAGGAAUGGAUGAAAUCAGUUGAGCUAUGCCAGUGGAAUGGUCUGGAAAGGAGAUGGGAGGAGAUACAAACUUUACCAGUGAAAUUGAGAGAGGACACAGCCAAUGUAGAAGCAGUAACAAGGAUGGUGAGUGCUGACGGAUUUGAUGGCAAAGAGGUGGUAUUAUUGGACUUAAAGUUUCUGAAAGUCAUGGAUGUUUCAAGUACUAAAGGUGCUGCCUUCUGGAGGACAGCCCGGAAAAUUAGAGGUGUUUUGCUUGAGGAUUAUGAAGAGUAUGCCUCCUGUGAGAAACCAAAGAAGAAAUCUAGAGAUUCAGUUGAGAUGAGAUUGAGUAAACUGGAAAAGUCGGUGAUGUUUAAUUCUCGCUCAGAUACUGACCCUAGUACGAAGCUACUAUUAUGUGAGGCCGAAUGUGCAUCAUUAAAGUAUCAAGUUACAUCAUUGAAGCAAGAUAUAGAUUUAGUAGCCUCAUGUUUUACUUGUGUAAUAUGUAUGAGAAUGGAAUUUCCAGCUUACUGGAGCUCUUGUUGUAAGCCUUAUUCUUGGCUGUGAAAGUUGUGUCUCACAAUGGGUGAGUGACACAAGGACAUGCCCUCACUGUAGAAGCGUCAUUGACCUAGAAGAGUUGGUAAAACUUCCGGAAAUGAGGAGUUUGUGUGAAACUUUAUCGAAAUAUACUGUGGAAGACUAACGAUUAUCUUACUUAUUACCACUUUUUGGUUAUUCAUUUAUCCCAUUUAUCAAGGCUCUCACUCAUUUAGUCAAUAUGAUUUGUUAAUUUUUGUUUUAUGAAACCAGUUUAGAUCUUUUGGGCAGGGCCAGGAUGAUCUUAAUAGUAAUUGCUCCACCUAGUGCUAGUAAUCACGUGAUCCUGAUUGUGAAUGAGAAGAUGAAUGAAUUACCCUCGGAAUUACCACUGGGCCUACUAGAGCAGAGGUUUUAUAGCAGUAGCAGAAGAGGUUCGUCUACAAGAACAGUCAACAAUGUCGCCGAUAUGGCAAACCAGGAGCUAGCUGAACAGGUUGAUGCUUUAUAUGAUCUUAAACUUAUGACAAGGUUCCUUUUUGGAUACCUUUUCUCAAAAGGCUACCCUGUUUCACAACCCAGAGUUGCAUCCGCAUUAUGGGAAGUUGCUCCUGAGGCUUAUGAAGGCAGGAGAAAUGAUUUGCUAGAGAGAAGUAAUCCAGUUCCCUAUCUCGCCUGCCAUUUUGGUCACAAAAUACAUAUGGAUCAGAACGAAAAGUUGUCAUUGUUUGGCGUUACAUCUGUCAUUGCUAGAGACGGCUAUUCUGGUAAAAUCGUAGCAUUUGGAAUCAUGCCGGUGAAAAAUUGUAUUGCAAUAUAUGACCUUGUUUUCAGGAAAGCUGUGAUUGAAAAUGGACUGUGGCACCAGGUUAGGGUUGACCAUGGUAGAGAGUUCUAUUUAGUUUUGAGGAUCCAAGAUCAUCUGCGUACAAACUGUGGUCCUCGUAGUAUAGCAUCAUAUGUACAGUCACCUUCAACUGAGGUAUUAUUGAAAUUAUUGUAAUAGCAAUUAUUAUUUGUACUUUUCUAAUGAUUACUGUGCAUGCAAUUGCACGUAAUUUUUACAGAA